AUGUCGCUGCCCUACGCCCUCGACGCCUCGACGCCCCUCGCGCCCCAGGAGCUCGCCGUGCUGCGCGGCCAGUACGAGCGCGAGCUCGGCGCCGGCCACGCCAGCACGCAGACCAAGUUCAACUACGCAUGGGGCCUCGUCAAGAGCCGCGAGCGCGCAGACGUCGCACAGGCCGUCGGCGUGCUGGCGGACAUCUACCGCACCGACGCGCCGCGCCGUCGCGAGUGUCUCUACUACCUUGCGCUGGGCCACUUUAAGCUGGGCAACUUUGACGAGGCGCGGCGAUUCAACGCACUGCUGCUCGAGCGCGAGCCGAACAACCUGCAGGCGCAGUCCUUGGCGCAGCUCAUCGAGAAGGGCGUGCAGCGCGAGGGCUACAUCGGCAUGGCGCUCGUCGGCACGGCCGCGGCGGCCAGUGCCGUGGUGGCCGCGUGGCUGUUCAGCCCGAAGCGGCGGUAGUCUCGCCCGGGUAGCGUGGCCAGCGCGAGAGGUCAGAGGCGAGCCAGUGAUCGUGGCGAUGUAUAUAUGUUCUCGGACGGCCCGUCUGUGCGAGCCGUCGCUGUCUCGCUCACUGGCGUCCGAGACUGAGCACCGCAGAUGCAGCAUGGAGGCCGAGCAGACACGCGUGGGAGCGCGUGCGUGGCUGCGCAGAGGCACAGUCGACCGUAGCAGAGACUCGAGCUGCGUCGGCUCGGCGCUGCUCCGAGCUCCUGCGGAUGCAUGCGCCGUGCGUCGCGGUGCUGGCGCUGGGGCUCUGGCGGAGUGGCUUGCGGCGCACGAGGCACACGCGGCGGGCGCAGGGCCAAAGCCGAGC